AUGGACCUCAGAGAAUCAAUGAGGUGCCAAACAGAUGUUGCCCUCACCAUCACAAAGCAUUUAUUCUCUAAACAAGAGUAUCAAGACAAGAACCUCAUGUUUUCACCUUUGUCCCUCCAUGCUGUUCUUAGCCUCCUGGCCGCUGGUUCAGCAGGCAGCACACUCGACGAGCUUCUUUCCUUCCUCCGAUUUGACUCCAUCGACCAUCUCAACACUUUCUUCUCUCAACUCAUCUCCGCUGCUGCUCCUUCUUCACAUCCCCUCACUUUUGUUAAUGGAAUGUGGGUUGAUAAAUCGGUUUCCCUUUCCAAUUCUUUUAAACAACUUCUGGCCACUCAUUACAAGACGUCUCUGUCCUCAGUUGAUUUUCAGACCAAGCUUAUAAUUAGGGACGGAGGGAGUAUUAAUUAUGAUUUUGGUGUGGAUUUGAAGGGAGAUCAAGUGUGCCAGGAGGUGAAUUCAUGGGUUGAAAAAGAGACUAAGGGUCUUAUCACAGACCUUUUUCCUCCCAAGGCAGCAGACAAGUUAACCAGGCUUGUGUGUGCAAAUGCACUCUCCUUCAAGGGUGAGUGGAAACACAAGUUUGAUGCUUCAUGUAAUAAUAAGUUUUACCUCCUUAAUGGUACCUCAAUCAAGGUUCCCUUCAUAAGCAAUGGGAAGAAGACGCAGUAUAUUAGAACUUUUGAUAGUUUUAAAGUCCUCCGGCUUUCUUACAAACAAGGUAGGGAUGAAAAGCGUCGGUUCUCUAUGUGCAUUUUCCUUCCAGAUGCAAAAGAUGGACUCCCAGCUUUAAUUGAAAAGUUGGCUUCAGAAUCUGGUUUCUUGAAAGGCAAGCUUCCUCGCCGAAAAGUGCGAGUACAUACAUUCAAGAUUCCAAAAUUCAAGAUUUCUUAUACACUUGAAGCUUCUAAUUUGCUGAAAGAGCUUGGAGUAGUUUCGCCUUUCUCUCAAUUGGAUGCAGAUUUUACAAAAAUGGGGGACUCUCCUUCCGAAGGAGGUGUAUCCGUUGAAAGCAUGUUUCACAAAGUUUCCAUUGAGGUAGAUGCACAAUGCACUAAAGCUACAGCAGCGGCCGGUUCACUGUUAGGCACUUAUUUUAGACCAGCUGGCAUAGAUUUUGUAGCAAAUCACCCUUUCCUCUUCUUGAUACGAGAAGAUUUGACCGGAACAUUCCUCUUUAUUGGGCAGGUGCUCAAUCCUCUUGAUGGAGCAGACCCGUUGGUGAAGGUUUGCAAUUUCAAUAUCUGAUUGUUUUUUAUUUUGUGAUUAACAAUUUCAUAAGGGGGAGUUACAAUUCUUUUCACUUAAGAUGUGUAUUAUAUAAUGGACCAGGUCCUUCAUUGGCAUAGUAUUUGUUACUUGAAUAUUCAGCAAUUUGUGAGGUUUGAGAAUCAAUACAACACAACACAAUCAAGUUUUAAGUUUCCGCAUGUCUGACUUUACAUAAUUUCUUAUUUAUUUGCUUAUAAAAAAAAACAUAA